AUGACUGCUGUGGCAUCACCACCUAGUGUGCAAUCGGGCCCUCACUUGGGAUGGUUCGACUCUGGUAACGGGGGACAAGGUGCUCUGUCUUCAAUGGACGCGGAAGAAGUUUCACGCACAUUUUUGCCGCGAAGGACUGUUCAGAGAUCGAAUUCCUCCUCUUCCCUAGCAUCUACUUCAUCAACCUCGACCGCUAUAGUUACGCCGCAACCCCCUAAUGCGGGACACAUGAACAACGUUGAACACGCUACAUGGUCAGCAAAGAAGAAACCCUCAAGAAAUAACUGGACAAAUUCUAAGUCAGAGCCGGUGGCUGGGCUGAGCAACGCCCGCUCCCAGGCCAUGCCGGCCUUUUCUUCGGGCCCAGGAGCCUCUUCUACUAUGACCGCGAUCCACCAGCCGUCUUCCAUUGUUCCAUCUCAACACAUGCUUCAAGCAUCACAGCAAAAUGGCGUACGCGCCGCAAGCGCACCAGCAGGCGACCCCCCCGCCAUCCUUACACUCCUACCCAUCAACGGUACCUUCGACAAGAAGCAGAUCAACGUACCGUUUUAUCCGGAUCUACUACGCAUAGGUCGCCAGACAAAUGCCAAGACCGUGCCAACACCGGUGAACGGCUACUUCGAUUCCAAGGUGCUGUCUCGGCAGCACGCCGAAAUCUGGGCAGACAAAAGCGGAAAGAUCUGGAUCAGGGAUGUUAAGUCCUCAAAUGGUACAUUCGUUAAUGGGCAGCGGCUGUCUCCAGAGAACCGCGAAUCAGAGCCCCAUGAGCUUCGCGAGAACGAUACUUUAGAGCUGGGAAUUGAUAUCGUCAGCGAGGACCAGAAAACGGUUGUCCAUCAUAAGGUUUCCGCCAAGGUUGAGCAUGCCGGCGUAUACAGCAGCAUUCCGAAUAUUCUGGACCUCACCCUAGGCGACUUGGAUCCUGCUUCUGGAAAUGGACUGCUCCCGUCUCCCCUUAGUCAACCGAUGUCGCAUCUCAGGGGGCGAUCGGGAAGCAACAUGAGCAACCGCAGUGCCCAGAGUGCAGCUAGCAGCCAAUUCAACGCAAUUCAACAACAACGUCAGAUGAACUACUGGAAUUCACCUAUAUCUAUUGAACAAGUUGUCAAGCGACUUACGAGUGAAAUGAAACAGGCUAAACAGCAAUCUCAAGAGCUCCGGCAAACCGACGAGUUCUUGACUGCCAUAAUGAAACCCGGAUAUGUGGAGAAGGAGAAAGCGAAGCCUCCACCAGUGGAUAACAACGCUCCCCGUCCAGUAAACGGGCGGCCAAAGAUGCCUCGCGUAGAUUCUUUCUCUCGCUUUUCCGACCCUCCAGCUCCUCCACCGCAACAACCAUUGCCCGAAAAGCCCGAUGCUUUGCCGCGGAAUGGCACAGACGCCCUAUCGCCGUUGAAGCGAUCCGAGACAGAAAAGUCUAAGCUUGGCCCCAACUCGCCUGUUACACGUGAGAAUAGCCAGAUCUUGUCCCUCAUUGAGGCUCUGUCCUCCGCCAAAAGGGAGCUCGAUAGCCAGGGCGCUCGUGUCAAGGAGCUUGAAGCGUUACUUAUUCAGGAAAGAAAUGCUCGCGAAUCUGCUGAGGAGAAGGCCCGGAGCCUGGAAAUGAAAUCCACUCAAUUUGCUCCAGGCCCAACCGCAGAUGCCGAACCUGAAGACGAUAGCACCAAGAAACCGACUGAAAUGGAAGAGCCAAAGACUAUGCCGCCGGAUGCCGACAUUUCAACCGAUUCCGAUGCACCCACUUCUGAAAAGCAGUCUUUGGCAGAAAGCCAAACAGAUGUUUUACAACGUCGUCUCGAGUCAAUGAUACUGGAGAUGGAGGAGAUGAAGAAGCAAGUCACGAUGUUCAAAGACCGGGCAGAUGUCGCGGAGAAUGAGGCUGUCGAGGCGCGGAAGUCGCUGGCGGAGAUGAUUGAAACUUUGCGGCAAGAGCGCGCAGAGCGUGCUCAGGGCAACGCAGUGUCCGGUGCGCAGACAGAUGCU